UGUUGGCCUAAUAUGAUUCAGUUGUCUUGCAGAAUGCAGGUAAUAGCUUCUUUCAGUUUAUGCAAUGCGUUCGGAGUGUCUACAUAUGUUUUCUAAAUUCUUUUGCAUUUGUUCUCAUUUUAUUUUCUUUCUUUUAGCUUGUUCUCCUUCUGCUAUUUUUGUUGUUGUUGCAUGUUUUUAUAUAAUACGGGAUAUAUAAAGUGGAAUUUGUGUAAUUUGCAACUUUAAAGGGAGCGACUAUUAUUUGCAUAAACGGAUAUGGCCUUUUGCGCACAAGAAAAAAUUGAUCGGUUCAUGGAAAACCGAUGAAAUUGUAUAAUCAAUCAGAAAACGAAGGCGGAAUUGGACGUUUUUAUCGCAAUAUUGGUCAAAUUAAGUGUAAUUCCGGCUACAGUUGAUUCAGUUUCCAAGAACGCGCGGUUGCCUUUAGAUAAAGUCAUCAAGAGAUUCCUCUGCUUUAUCAAGUAAAACAAUCGUCGCAUGGUUUCACUACCGUCGAGAGAUGAUAGUGGACCAUUUGUAAUUAGGGAAAUUAGGGGGAAUUUCAGAAUCAAGCUGUACGAUUGAUGUUCAAAUAAGUUAUGUAACAGUUCGACAUUUUUCUAUUUUUGUGUUACUUAUUUUUCCACCUGAAUGUUGCUAUUUUUAUAUGAUUUAAGAGUCAGGAAAAUUUGCUUUCUUGUUUCAAUUUGGGAAUAUAUGCUGACUCCACCUCUGCUUUCACCGAUCUAUAUUAUGGAUUAUAUUUCGAACUCAUAAUUUUCUCCCACCUUUUUCCCUUACACCUAUCUCUGCAUUCACAUUCUAGAUUCUGCUACAUUCUCAAACCCGCAUGCAUACCCCAUUCUCUCCUCACGUUCCGUCUCUCUAACUCCCACUUUGAUCGUUCCAUAUUUCCCUUAUUAGUUUUGUUCCUAAUUUCUCGUGAACACAGUAUCUUAAGUUAAUAAUAAAGAAAUUAUAUAUUUCAAAAUUAAAAUAGACUGCAUAAAUAAGCUUAAUUACUUUUUAAGAGAGAUUGUACAGAGAAUUACAUAAAUUGGAUAACUGUAAUCUCGACUUCAACUUUAUAACAGUUGCAAACAUACAAUGAUGUAAUAAAUAAUAUGAUAUAAUCGUAUUACAGUUUAUCAUAUUAUGGAUAAUAUAUUUCUACACACUACACCCUAUCUCAACUAACGUAAUAAUUUUAUUGCGUAAUAAUAUGAUUAACGAUAAUCACUGUUUUGGAACUUAUAUUUUCUUCUAAGUCUUAAUUAAGCAUUUACAACAUACGUGACAAUGGAAAAAGUUACUUGCUAAUUAUUCCGAAUAUCAUUUCGCGUUUAUACUUUGAUUAUUCGUGCGGUAAAGCACGUAGAACCGCCAGCUUCAAGCUGUUUGUGGCAAAUCGACAGCGUUGGAGGAACGGAGAUAUAAAAUUCUUCCGUCUCACAAAAAAAAGACACAUACAUAUGUAUUUCUCCGUUCUUCCAGCUCGCCAUUGUUGCGGCAAUUUGCCGCAAGCCACUCGUCUGAAGCUGGCAUAAUGAUGCACGUAAAUGAAGCCACAAGUCAAAGACCAGACUCGGCUUAGAGUCGAGUCACGAAGCCGGUUUUUAUUGGUUGACUUCCCUUCAUCGAGCCAGUAACAAAUAGUCCGCAGCUCAGUUCGGAGUAUAUGUUGCUUAUUUUUGUGCCUCACUCGAGCCAGGACGCGACGCAGCAGCUACCAGUGAAAAGUUUCCAAGAAUGCGUUCGACCAGGAAAUACGGUAAUUUCCAAUAGGAAAUUGUAUUCGUUGUAGUUUCAGUUAUCGUAGUUGGUAGUUACGUUCAUGAAACACGUUUUUAACAGUGAUAAUAAUCUAAGUGCGAAUUACAAUGUAAUCGCUUGAUGUAUCGUCAUAAUUCAAGCAAUGCAACGAGAAAUGAGAAACUACGUUUUAUUUCAAAGAAAUUGUGAUCACAUAUCAGCUUGUAAGAUGUCAAGGAGGUGGACCAAGCACCUUUGGAUAUGACGCAUCCUCGGCUUGCAGUAAACCAUAUUCUAGAGCUGGCCGCGCAAGAUUGGUAAAUCUUCCUUGUGAUUUUCAACAGCAAAACUGGUGUACAGUAGCUGGUAGCUCUUAUCCCUGGCAUGCGGUUCGUCGUUUCGUGCAAGAAAACAAAGGAUUAAUGAGGCGCAUGUAUGGCGAUGAAAGGCAUAUCAAUGUAUUAAGAGCCGAAUUCGAGAGAAAUGACAUCGAGUUAAACUACGACGAUUAUUAUCAGCAUCUUGCUGACGAUCAUAGAAAAUAUCAGUACAUGCACGACUACGAGUACUUCGAGUCCGAAGACGAUUUGAAAUUAAACGGCAAUGAGUUCGAGGGACGAAGCUUUACGAGCAGAUCCUUCAAUGACAAUGCCGCGAAACGGGUAAACAAAUUUCCAAAAUUAAGCGAAUACACGAGGCCCCAUUUCCGACCAACCGAGAAGACUACUACUUCAACUUCGACAACGACCACUAGCACAACCACAGCAUCGACGACUACCGCCUCUUUUACCAAGGAAAAGACAUCAUCGACGAUAACGUCAACUGCUUCGCCUACCCGUGAAACAACCACUCAAUCCACGCCUUCGAUAACGAGUUUAAUAGUAAAUAGGACAAAUGAAGAAAAAGGAAACUCCGCGGACGAAGCGACGACAAGCUCUUACGCCGUGAAAGAGCAAAAUUUCAGCAUCAACGAAAUUCUCGAGCAGAUAGACAGAGUCGACGAGGUGGUGGGAGAAGCUGGCGAAGUCGUAGAGAUCUCUGAAUCCAGCCUCGAUGAAACGUCGACGGUAAAUUUGUCGGACACCACCGAAUUUCCGGAUGAAGUCGAUGGCAGCGAAAGUCUAUUUGCGACGCCGAAAGGAACAACUGUUCAGGACGAGACGUUGAGUUCGAUCGACGAACAAGAGUUCAGGCCACGACCGGAAUAUCGACCUGCCAUUAAACCGGAAGCUUCUACUAUGGGAGGACAGUUGUAUCAGGAUGCCGCCGCGAAAGAUCAACAGGAACAACCGGUUUUGAAGCUUCGAGGAGUAAAUGCUUGUCCUGUAAAAGAGGAAGUGGUUGCGCCAUUUUGGGCGAAUAAUACCAGGGGCGAGGUAUUGGCACUUUUGAAUCUUUAUCCGUUCGAGCAAUACGUUCACUGGGAAAAAUGCACACACGAAAACAAGCAGAUGUACUGUCGAGAUGGAUGCAGAUGCGAACAACAAUACAGACUUCAUCGGUUGUUAGCUUACGAUCCGAACAACGAAUGUCGUGGUAUCUUCAGCGAUUGGUUUAAGUUCCCCAGUUGCUGUGUUUGUCGCUGCUACGACUUACCUCUUGAAUUUCGCGUAACAUCGCGUUCGCCUCGCACGCAGAAACAACGAAUUAAGGUACGACCGCCGCAAACUCGUUAGAUAUAUUCAAAGAAACAAAUUUUGUUUCGUCGAUGUAAUCCAUUCUCGGUGUAAUACGAAAAUACAGCCUGUCACUCUCUUUGAUACAUGUCAAAGAGAAUGUAGCAAAUUUUACUUCUUCUAAUUAUAAUAUUGUUAUAUAUAAAGGAAUUAUCAAAAUUUAUUUGCUAAAAAAAAGUAAAAUGUAUGACGUCACAAAUCUUAAAAGACCUUGACAACAAAAAAGAUAAUUACUUUCUAAGUCACUUGUUCCGAAUGCUUCGUUAUUUUAUUACAUCGUAAAAGGGUUAAAGCAAUUUAAGUAAAAACGGCGGCCUAUUAAAUAUUAGGAAAGAACUUUUCACUAUUUCCAUCACUAGUUUAAUAUGAAUAUUGAACAUUUUGUAAAUAAUUCCAUUAUCAAAUUUCAUACCUUAUUUUGAUGAAGGAUUUCAACACAUAGGAUGAUGCUGGGACGCAUAGAAUGAUAGGAUGACAUAAUUUGUUAAUGCGAUUAAGAGGGAGAUAAUCUUUCAUGCAGAAAGAAAUAAAGUUUUAAUAAAAAGAUGAGUAACUGCAGCUACAACGAAUAUUAAUAUGAAAAUAUUACUCCUUGACUCCAAAAAACUUUGUUAUAGAAGUACUGGGCUUUCUAGUCGAUUAUAUCAUAAAAAUUUUUGCAGUACGAAGGGUUAAAUUAAAUUACGUCGAAUCGUAUGUGUAUCAAGUAAAUUUUCAAAAUAUUUUUUCGUAAAAACGAAACAGUACAAAACAGUACAUAUGUUCUCUUUGCAUGAAGAAUUUCGUUCUUUUUCGUCUUAGUAUGAUUUACACUGUUAUUGUUAUUUCAUGUAACAAGAAACAUACUACCGUAAAAUUUGAAAGAAUAUGCAUUAAUGUGUGUGGUUUGAAAAUUUACGAAAAUUUAAUGGCUCCAGGCUAGUCAAGAAAUUUAGUCUUCGUUAUUGUUAUUUAUCACAAGGAAGAAAUUUUCUCCCAUACAAUUCAUUUGCCAUAGCCAUUUAAUGUUACGUUACUUGAAAUAUAUGUAGUUUAAUGUAAGUAUAAACGAUUGAAAUGAAAAAGUAUAAUCCACGAAAAAAACAUUAUCAACACAAUGUAGACUAUCAUUUCUUUUAAUUGUUUUACAAUAAAACUCAAUUGUCGUAAAUACCAAUUGACACGAUUGAUAGAUGUAUUACAUUAUGUUUCUAUAGAUAUUUACACGUAAAAGUCACUAAAACUCGCUUAAGCAACGAUAACUUAUAAGAAGAUACGAUAUAUAUACAAUGAAACGUCUGAAGGUGAAAAAAAUAUUUGUCUUGGUAUUAUACACUUGAAACUAAAUUUUCUUUUAAACGUCUUAAGAAAAUACAAUAUUUAUAUUAGGUUUCUAUUAAAUUGGUAAUAUUAUGUUUUUAAAGAUUCUUCUUAUACGCGACACGAAAGUUCAAUUGUAUUUAUAUUUCUUACAAUAACAUGUAUAUACAACUUGGAAAGAAAUUAGUAGAUUCUUUCUAUCAACGUUUUACUGAACAUUAUUCUUCAGAAGUAACGAAAAAAAUACCUUUAAAGGUUUUGCAAGAUAUGCAUGUAUUAUUAUUAUUAAUCAAUAUUUAGAAACUAUAUAUCUAUUACUUGUUACCAUUAAUUUUAUCAUUACUUAAUCAUUUUAAAAAGUACUUUCAGAUCGAACACGAAUAUUUAAGAAAAAUUUCUUUACCGAUGAUUUAUAAAACACCUCUUUCCAUAUCUUAUUUUAUAAAAUAUACAUACAACAAUGAUUACUAUCAUAAGUAAGAAUCAAAAUUUAUGUUAAUGUUUCAUCAUUUAUAGAUUGUAAUGUGAUCUUAAAAUUCUUGUAAUGUUUCGAAAACUUUGAAAAUUAAUGUAAUGCUACUGAAAACUGUCGGCCAUCUAAAAUACUAUGUUAAAAUGCAUAAAUUUUCAAAACAUUUUUACGUAAGUGAAGUAACAAAUAACGUGGAUUAAAACACACAUAUGUUGUUCAAAUUAAAUUCAUAUUGCCAUAGUUAAACAACGCUCUAAACGCUAAUAUGUAACAUCCUGGUUAAAAUAUCAAAAUUAUUUAUGGUAAAAAUAAUUAAAGAAUAACAAGUGAAAUACAAAUUAGCAUAACACGAAUAAUACAUUGAUAAGUAUUAUAAUACUUUAUGUUUCAAUAUUACAAAAAGUGGACGAAAUCAGAUUAUCAUUAAUUGAAAUGUUUUAUUAUUCUAUGAAUUAGUUUUUCAUUCAGUUGAUUCUGUAGCAAUUCUUUUAUUAAAAUUGUAUAUGUUCAGUAUAAUGUUUUUUCUUCAUAGUAUCGUUUAUAGCAUUUUCGUCCCAAUGAGAAAAGAUAAUUACAUAAAAGCACUUCGAGAUACAAGCAAAUACACAUAAACACAUUUAUCUAAUAUGUAUACAUAGUAUCGUAUUUAAUUAAUUUAUUCGUUAUUAUAAUUGUAUCGGUUUUAAUGCCUAUAUUAUAGCAACUUUAAGGCUUGUUUAAGAUGUUUGUUAGAUAAUUUGUUGCAAGAUACUAUAAAAAGAUAAGGCUCGUGAAUAAAGCUAUAUAAGCCAUGUUUUCGUUGCGUUUGUCGUUAAUUAAUUUCGAGUACUAGAUAUUACAUACCUGAUCUUAGAUUAUAUACAUUCGUAACAUGUAGCAGACAAUGGUAAUGGAGCUUUGAAAUGCAAAAGUUUUGUAAUACUAAAUCAUAUAACAUUGUUACCCGUAAUUGUUAACAUCCAGUUAAGAAUGUAACUAUUUAUUUAGCAAGUAAUUACAUGUUUUAUGCCAAAAGAUUAAUGUAAAAAGCUUUUCAUUCGUUGAUUUUGUAACCAUCGUAAGAAAUCUGGGUCGACCUGAUUAUAUAUGUAUCGAUGUUAAUUUACAAUAAAAAAUAAAUACAUUAUAGUAUGAGCAAUUUAAUUCAGCAUACAAUUACAAUUUCUUGUAUAAGUAACAAUCGAAAAUUAGAAUUUUCCCAAUGGAGUAAAAGGAAACUAAGACUAACGAUAACAGUAGUUUCUAAAAUUUGCAUGAAAGAAGUUAUUAACAAAAGGAUAAUUUUUAUUUAAAUGAAAGAAAGUGAUCACUAAAUCUUAAAGAAACUCUUAAAAAGUUAAAUGAUUAAAAAAUAUUAGUUUUUAAAUGUUCUGAUUACGAAUAACCAUUAUAAAUGAUCAAAUAUUUUUGGUUACUAGCAACCAUUAUCGAUGAAAGACUUCUGCUUGAUUAUCAAUAAUCAUUAUCGAUGACGAAAUUUGUUUUGGUUCUGUACUUCCUCUGUCGUUUUGAUCCCCAAUCAUCAUUAUCGAUGGUGGAAUUCUUUUUUUGUUACUGAUAACCGUUAUCGAUGAAAGUAUUUUCUAACUUACCUUCAGCCACUGUCAGUUUUUAUUGAUAUUAAUGAUAAGCAGUACCUACCUACUCUUUUGUAUACGUAUAAGGUCCUUACGUAAUUUCACACAAAAGCUUUGAAAUAUUUUGAUUAUAAUGUUAUAGAUAAUAAGAAAAUUUCAAAUAGAAUAAAAUUUUGUUAAAUUUCAUAUACAUGUAUAUAAAUAUAUGUAUAUGUAAAAUAGUAAUUGAAAUAGUUCAUAAAAUACAAAGCAAUACCUUGUGAAUCAGAAGACACUUCUGUAGAAGUUCAAACAAUAGUUCUCAGAGCAUUAAUAUUAUGAUCGAUUUGUAUAAUAUCAUUAAAUUUUAUUAUAUGUCACAUCACUGUUCUGAAAUUGUUUUUAAUUACAUUGAAGUUUCUUUGUAUUAUAACUCGUAGAAAUAGUUUCUACACAAAUGAUUAUAAUUGACAAUAUUUACUGAUAAUUUGAUUUAUACUAUAAUUAGGCUUUUAGAUUUAUUCGUUCACAUAAUUUGUUUACGAUACACAAACUAAAUCGAACAGUUUGGCUACACUUUUAGCUGGUUCAGAAACUUCACUUGUUAAAAAUAAAACUGUUACGUUCGAUGUAAUUUUCAUGCUCUAUAAAAGAAGGAUCAUAAGUCUACUACUACACUAUAGUAGUUCAGACUACUAUCAUGAGUAGUUCAGAAAUUAUUACAAGUUUACAUUCUAUUUACAUUCUGUAAACUUAUUAUCUUAAAUUAACAACCUUAUUUUAUUUUAUAGUAUUCUUAUCACAAUCAAUAAUAUCGAUUAUAUGACCUACUGAGAACCUCAAGACCUCGAGUUUAAAAAACAUUGCUGUUCAACACAAUAUUUACAUGCACGAAUAAAAAUAACAUCACGUAUCAUACUAAUUGCUUCAGAAAAGUGCUACAAAAGACAGAUACAAUUAUAAUAAUAAAUUAAUUAAUCAAACACAAUACUAUACGUAUAUACCUAUAAGAUAAACAUUCUUCUCGUAAAACAAAUUACUAACAAAUGAAAAGAAUAAAAAUAUUUCAAUGCGACUAAAUAAGAUAAAUUACAAAUUAUAUCUUGCAAAAUAAAAUUACACCGGUUUUUUUAAAUAAUUUAAAAUUAAAAAUUCUGAAUUUUUUUAUUACGACAAUAUUUGAGCACUAAAAAUUCGAAUCAUAAAAUUGCAAUAGGUUUUUUUAACAAAAUUUUAACAUUUAUUGGGUUAUAUAUUCCUUACGUUUUAAACAGUUUGGUAUAUCACAAAUUAUUUUAUGUAAAUAACGAAUGUUAAUUUUUUGUCAUUCUUUUGCCAAACAAUUUUUUAAUUCCUCUUUAGUGUUUAUUACGCUUACGUAUUUAUCUAAACUAUAAAGCUUACCAGUAAAAAUUGAACAUAAGUUUGAAUAUUUUUAUAAUCGAUCGCAUGUUAUAGGUCGGAAGAGAAUUUUGAAUAUUGGCAGAAAAGCUAUUCAAAAUUAUUUCCAUACGAAACAAGAAUCAUCCAUAAAAAUUUCUUCAAGAAGAAAUAAAAAUUUGAUUUCUCUAGAGAUAAAGCAGAAAAAAUAAAAUAUUAAAGAUAAGUACCCCAAAAAAGCAAACUUCCAAUGAAACGUGAUAUCAGUGACGUACGGGUGUUAUAUAAAACAUAUGUAUAUAACGUACAUGCGUUAAUAAUAAUGAUAUAUGUAAAACAAUCACUCUCUAUUAAUUUCUUACUUGAAUAAAAGAGAAUUGAUGAAAGAAGCUUUCGUUACAAUCGACUUUAUUUCCUUGCUCUCCUACAUAAGACAACCUGUACGUUUUACAAGAAAGAAGGCUUACAAAGAAUAACGAACGUCGAUACGUUAAUAUUUAUUAUAGGGGCGUUCGUGUGUUGCUGGAACAGUCUCACAGCAAUACCGAUACAUCCCUUAUAUUAUACAUAUUAAUCAGAGUGUCACAUAUACAUAUAUAUUAUAAUAUUACAAAGAUCGCCGACGGUCCGUGUAUCGUCGCGUUGCAAAUAUAUGUAUGUACAUAUCAUAUAACGCAUAUAUAUAUACACACACAUAUAUUCAAUAUAUGUAUUUAUAUGUAUAUAAAGGAGAUGCUUAUAUAAAUAGAAGUAUACGUAUUUAUAAAUUACGGGCUAUAACAUUUGGUAUCAAAACCAUUGCAAAAGAAACGAAGGAAAUUGAAUGAUACAAUACAGUUUUUUAUAUAUUGUUAUCGUAACCAAGGAAUCCUACAGUGAUCGAUAAAUUAGUCGCAUGAAAAACAAAGAAAACAUGUUCCAUGUUCAUUAUUCUGCUAGUAAUUAUAAAUAGAUUACGAAUUACAUAGUAGAUUGUUUAAGAAUUUUCUUUCUCAAUAUACUGUAGUCUUGUGUUUAUUGUUAAUCUUGAUACUUUGUUGUCGUUUAAAAGAGAACAAUUCAAAUUACGAUGUCUAUUAUUAUUACCGUAUGCAAGCCUAUAAGAAAACUUUCUGUCGUUAUUCAUGAAUUCAUAUCUUUAAGAUCAAAUUGGAGCUCGUUUUGUUUUCUCAUUGAGUUUCUGCAAAACUCGAAUUCUAUUAAGUAGUGUUUAAUUGUAUCUUUUUUUCAAAUUUCUUAAUCGUUUAGAUUUCCAAAGGCCUACGAAUCCAUAUUGUAUAUUCGAAAUCUUUUAAUAAAAUUUAAUUUAUUAUAAUUCGGUUUCAUACACUGUACGAAACUUCACCACACAAAUUGUUCUGAUCUUAAGGAAUUGACAGUUUUAUUCAUACCAUGUGAUUUUUAUUGUAACUUUUAUCGUAUUUGAUAAUUGCGAUAUUUCUUUUUUCGUUAUUAGGUACAAUCAGAUAAUACUAACUGGCAUCAAUAUGGUACUUAGUUGUUACGGUUAAUAAAAGAUUUUAAAAAUAAUUUUCACUAACCAUGAAAGUAAUGUUGCAGUUAUAAUCGUAUACAUUAGCAUACAAAUGUGAUGAAAAAUCGUGAAGGUUUGGUAAAAAAUAUUUUCAGGGCAGUCAACGCGUGGCAGGAAUAGACACAGGAAGACUUAUUUUCUUUCAAGGGAACGGUGUAAAAUUGGACAUUUGAAGCAUGUACUUAGUAGUUGUAUCAGCUAUAAAUAUUGAGCUGCAGCUUGAAUUUUAAAUAAAAUUCAAGCAAAACUCGCGCUGUAAAUCGGAUUCUUUUCAACACGUAAAAUCAAUGUAUCAUCUAUUUGUGAAAUUGGUAUAAGAUGAUCUGACAACAUAUCGGAUGUGUUGCCAGAUGAUAACGUAAACGUAUAAAAUCUCCGAAAAUGUUGAAUUGUUUCCUCAUUACAGAAUCACACUUUUUAUAAGAUUAUGUUACGUUUUCGUAUUGUACGUAAUAUGUGAUGCCAACAAUUUUUCAAGAAAUUUAAAGUUGACUAUAAGAAAUAGAGAAAUAAAAUUAAUCACGUUCCAUUCUUAUGUAUAAUAUUCACUUCGUAUUCGAACGAAUAAUUAGCUCCAAUAACAACGAACAACCGUUCCAAUAAAUAUUGCAUAAAAAUCUUGCGAUUUACUGUCAUAGAACGUUUUGAUAUUCGGAAAAUUUGUCGAACCAUGUACUAAGUUCUAUCACUAAUUUCGUCUCUCGGUACAUUAAAUACGAUCGGCUACCGUCUGAGCAUAUACACCAAUUCGUAUAAAAAAUAUUUGCAUCUUAGUAUAAUCGCAAAUUUCAUGCUGCUUAUACGUGUCGAUAUAUAUUGAUCACAGAUUCUGAAAUAUCCUAUCCGUUCGAUCCUGAUAAAAAAAAAAAAAAAAAAAAAAAAGAGAAAAAGAGAGAAAAAAGAUGCUACAAUCGCAUAAUUGUAUUACACUGUUAGUUAUCAAGCGCGAUAAAAAUAUUAUAUUAAUAAUUGUGCACGCAUUCACUGUUAAAGCUUACGCAUACAAAGCACAUUGGUGGGAAAGAUCGAAUGACGAAUACUUGAAGGAUUUAUACAAAUGUACAUUACGUUGUAUUAGUUUAUCAGUAGUGUAAGUAUUGGACGUCUUGAUUACAACCUUCGUGAUUAGAAUUAAAAUGCGAGAAAUAUUUUGAGUGAUUGAUAAAUACUCUCAAUAAAAUAUCUCUUCCUCCUUUCAUUUAGUUUGUUAACCAUUCUCCAUCUAUACGAUAUAAGUAUGAGUAAAUAAUAUAAAAUUCAAUAGAAAUAUAAAAUGUAAAAAUAUAUAAAAUCUUUGUAUUUUACGUGCAAUAAACAAAACGAUUCAAACAUGCUGGAUAAUUACUGAGAUAACAAGAAAACACGUACUCUGAAAAUAAACAGACAAGUUUAUUGCUGACUAUGUAAGAAUUUAACUAUAAAUAAUAAAUAGUUGAAGAUGUAAUAACUUAAUAAGGGCACUUGUCGUGCGGAGUUUCGUGUGAGUAAAUAAGAUUUCGGUAUUUUCUUUAUGGAAGCAUAUGGAAAACUGCGUUACCAAUCAAAAUUAAAAUGAUCCUUAAAGCUCACUUAAAGUAAUACGAAAACUUUCUCUUUAUACAAUCCAUGAUACAUUACGCACAAAUAUGCUACAUAUGUAUAUACAAUAGAUUUAUAAAACAUAAUAUUAUAUCACUAUAAUAUUACUAAAUAAUAUUAUUUAACAUUAUUUCAAUAAUAUUGUAUUAAUAUAAUAUUAUUUAACAAAAAAUCAUUUACAAUCAAAUCUCUUGAGUUUCUUCUUAACUCAAACAUCCGUUUAUGAACAAUAAGUUUUUACAAGACGAUUUUCCCACCACGAUGCAAGUUAUUUAUCUAUCUUUUCUCCAUAACACGUUUCAUACGUAUAUUUUUAUUGCAUUGCAAAUAUUUAACCUUCUCUAUGCAUUAGCAGUAUAAAGAAACAAAAGUUAAAUAAAUAUUUGGCAGUGAAUGCGUUUAUAAACAAACGAUACAACCAUAUAUUCCGAUUUUUGCUUGUAAAUGGAGACUUCAACAACCUAUGAAGCACAACGUUUUCUUCUUUUAGUUAUUCAAAUUGGUAAAUUGAUAAAUGUCUCAUAAUUCUAUCACCGACAAAAUAGACACAAAUUUGAUGAUUGAUUAUUUUAUAAAUCAGUCUAGGUUUAUCUGCACUUAGUAACUAUGUAUACAAUUCCAUUUCAAUAAUGCACUCUGUGUGUGUAAAAACGUAGAAAUGUGAUUAUCAAAAAACUAGAAACGUCAUUCUGUAAUCUAACUUUUAUAAAAUUUGAUUUAGUCUGAAUUUCUUGCAUCCUGAUAUUAUGUAGUCAUUCAUUUUGUAAUCGAUUAACGCAUUUCUUUUUAACAGCCAUAAGUAGUACAUUUUAAGAGUCAGUACUGUUUGUUUAGUUUUUCUUAACUCUCUGAUCGCUGAACAUUUCACUGUUUUCCUCUUGAAAAGUCAUUUCUUCAAAAACGUUUUCAAACAAUGGAAAAGAUCAAAAAUUUAUACCGUGAAAAAUAUAAUAAUAUAAUCUAUAAGUAUUUCAAAAUUUACAAAAACUUUAUCUGUACACAAUCAAAGAGUUAAAUAUAAAAAUUAAGUGUUAUUAUCGAUAAAUACUCUUCACUGAAAAAUACUCAAAUCUAAUUUAUCUACGCUCGCAACAUUGUUACAUUUGUAUUUAUACAUAUUAUACGUUUCCUUAGUCAAAAGAAGAAUAAAUUUUACUACUGAUGAGGUAAUACUCUGAUUCAAAGACGGUUCUACCGAUGAGGAGAGACGAAUAAGACACUUCGCAUGCCCAAUUAACAAACUUUUCUGUUGUUCAUCAAUGAAUUCUCUUUAGAUUCUCUUCGAAUUUACCGAAAUCGUAAUAAUCUUCAUUAUCUCAAUAAGAAUCAAAAUACAUACGUAUGUUAACAAAAGAUGUGUAUACACAUACAGAUAUAAAAAUUUCAAACCAUCCAAUAUCAUAGUUCCAGGAUAUGCACAAGUGCUUACGAUCGCAUUGACUGAUAAGAGAAUAUUCUUAAUAUAUGUGUAUAAAAACUAAUGUAAGAAAUGUGUAAGAAUAAACAGCACCAAGUUGAUAUUAUUACAUUAUACAUUCGCGAGCUCUAUUCGCUAAUUUUUCAAUAAGUAUAAGAAUUUUAUUGUUCCAAAAAAUAUGCUGAUUAAGAGGAAAGGCUACAGACAAAUUAAGUGUAUUUGAUUAGACAAUAAAUUUAAAUCCAUUAAAAAUUUUGAUAUUUGUUUUGAUAGCUAUAAUCACUUUUGUUACAAGAUAAAAGACUCGUAGAAUACUUGAAAAAUAUACAGAUAUGAUAGAAGUUUAAUUAGAAUCGUUAAUAUAGUAGACUCAUAUGUUCUCAUAAAUUACAAAUUUAAGAUAAGUAAUUUGUUUUUUGAUAUUCAUCAAAUUUAUAUAACUAUAUUGAUUGGGUGAUAACGAUUUACAAUUGUGGAAAUUUGGAAGACAAAAGCAAACAAUGACAAUACUUCCUAUUAUAGUAAGUCGUUUCUCUAUAUUUCAGCAUUUCGCGUUUCAAAAGUAACAUUUUUAAUUGAAUCUGAGUUAAAAUUGAAAUUUAA